CGCAGAGGCUCCGCUUGGCACGGGGCUGGGCGGCCGGCGGCUUCGGGGUCCCUGGACGGGAUGGUCGGCUUCGCCUCGGGGGCGACAUGAGCAUCGCAGAAGUGGCGACCUCGUUGCUAAGAACGGAAGAAACAUUCUCUGCAUACCUGGCACGGAUCAACAACGUCAUCCUUCAGCCCCUGCUACAAUCAGGCUCUUUUGAGAAUUCGGAUCUCUUCUUGCUAUUGAACAACCAUUUCCAAGUUCUCUGGGGCUUGACAGAAGAGAACUGCAGAACCCUCAAGGAAGCCUUCAGUGCUUCAGAAUCCGUCAGUGUCCAAGACGUCUAUCUAGUCUGGAAAGCUGACUUGUUCCUUGAUCGAUACAUCCAGUAUUUCUCCACUUUUGCCACCUGCGCUGUACUCCAGGGGUUUGAACAUGCUGCUAAGAAUAAAAGUGAGGUCUGGAAGUCGCACAAGCCAGCCUUGCAGCAGUUCCUCGCUGACUUCUCCCUGGAUGCCUCGAUAGCGGUGGCUCUCCAUACGGUGUUGCACAAGCCCUUCCGGGAUCAGCUCCAGCAAUACAGUCUCAUCUUCUCUAAGCUCGAGGGAGCUGCUGGCCAGUGUCCGGAGAGUGAAGCAAUCGCUGAUGCGACCCAAAAGUUUGCUAAGUUGCUGUCUUUCGUCAGCCAAGUGUUGGAUGAAGCUUGUCUUACCAGAAGCCUCUGGAAAUCGCUGGGGCACAAAUUCACAGAUGUUCUCUGUAUUGCUGAACGCAGGCUGCUAGAAGAUAGCCGAAAUCUUACAGUCUAUGCCAGCACAGGCCGAUCUGACCGCGUUCUGCUCUUCAAUGAUAUCCUUGUGCUGAUCCAGGGGAGCAAUUUCCGAAGUCUCGAUCUGAAGCUCGUGUGGGUCGACGUGGCUGAGAGAGACGUGGGGAAAUACGCUCUGCGCAUUGCUGCACCAGAGGAAGAGUUUUUCCUUUUAGCCAAAGACCUCAAAGCACGGGCCGUCUGGCAGUGGAAGUUGAAUCAAGCAGUGCGACAAGCCUUGAAUGGGAAGAGAGACUUUCCGUUGUGGAGCAGAGAUGGGGACGGAAGCGACCCUCCACACUGCCGCCACUUCUCUUUCACUUUCAGGGCGGAGGGGCGGCUGAAGAAUGCGGUUUAUGAUGGAGAAUGGUGUUUGGGUAGACCGCACGGCAAGGGGACCCUGACGUGGCCAGAUGGCCGGAACUAUGUUGGAGACUUCAAAGAAGGCUUGGCACAUGGGUUUGGGAUCUACCUUGUCCCCUGUGUGUCUGAAGAUCACUACGACUGUUACAAAUGCCACUGGCAAGAAGGCAAAAUGAGUGGUUACGGUAUCUGUGAGUACGGCAAUGAGACGGUCUACAAAGGGUAUUUUAAGGACGACAUGCGUCAAGGGUUUGGCAUCUUGGAGAAGGCUUCUUCCACUAAGCACUCGUUUAAAUACACAGGACACUGGGAAAACGACAAACGAAGCGGUUACGGCAUUUGGGAUGAUAAGGAGAGGGCAGAGAGAUACAUUGGGAUGUGGCAUGAAGACCAGAGACACGGAGCGGGAAUUGUGGUCACGCAGUCCGGUGCAUGCUAUCAAGGGACGUUCCACUCGGAUACGAUGGUGGGCUCUGGGACGCUUCUUUUGGAAGACGAUUCUGUCUACGAGGGGAACUUCACAGCAGACUUAACUUUUGUCGGGAAGGGCAAACUAACCUUUCCCAAUGGCUUCACCCUGGAAGGAACCUUCAGCAACAGAUCCAGCCAAGGCUUGCACACUCAAGGGAUCCUGAACACCUCUGGAGAACAACAGGAUGAGCACAUGGCCAAGCUCCAGCUGGGUCAGAAGGAAUUCCCCGUGGAGAUGAGGUGGGAAGGACUCCUCAACCAGUUCCUGGAGUACAUCCGAUUGGGAUGUCAAGGAGACAUGGAGGAAGCUUUCACGGGGUUCCAUGUGCAGACAAGCAAAGAGCUGCGGAAGUCUCAGGAGUACCUGUUUUGCCAAAGAGAGAACGAAGAGGUUCCAGGGAAGGUGGAUGUCCUUGAAGACAUAAUUGCCCAUCAAGAGGAGGAAACCUUGCAAUCCUACUUGGAACGGGCUUUCCAGAAUUCUCUGCACCCCUUAGGAAAGCUGCUGAAGGCUUUGACUUUGGCGUUCCAGGCCACUUACUCGACGAUUGGCGCCAACAAGCACCUUCUGAACAUGGCGCAAGAGGAGGUCAAGCAUUACGCCCAGAAAAUAUGGGAAGUCUACCUGGGUUUUCUUCAUCUUGCCUCGGAGCGCAAAGGUCAGGCGUAUGCUGAAGACCUGGAGAACAGUGGCCUGAAUGGACCCAGUGCCGUCUUGCCCCUCAUCCUGCCUUCCUUCUAUCCGGAUCUUUUUAUGUUGUACAUGCUGUAUCAUGAGAAGGAGGACGACCUCUACUGCCAGGGGAUUGUAGAUCUGAGCCAGGAAACAGAUGUGAAGCUUUUGGAGUUCCUGGAUGUCCGAAAACAUUUUUGGCCCCUCAAAGAUCUUACACUAACGAAACAUCAGAGACGCUCUCUUGUCAAGGACCGGUGCUUCCUUUCUGCUACUGACUGCCUGCGGAAUCUAAUCACAACGGUUGACCCCCAGGAAAAACUAGACAUACUCCAAAAGACAUAUGACGAGAUUGCAAAAACGAUCUCUCGGCUGCUGGGGGAAGAAUUUAACCCAUCGAUGGACGAUCUGUUGCCACUCCUGAUGUAUGUUGUGACUCGAGCAAGGAUACAACGUUUAGGAGCAGAGCUACAUUUGAUCAGAGAUCUGAUGGAUCCAACGACCUCAGGAGGCAUGUACGACUUCCUGCUCACAGCAUUGGAGUCCUGCUAUGCGCUCAUCCAGAAAGAAAUACAGUACCACCAGAGCUGGCAUGCAUCGCAGGAUUCAUGAACAUUGCACACCAGAGUCGUCUUCGCACAUUUGGACCAGCCACUGUGUUGCAGCUUCCAUUAGGAGAAUGGAACAAGGAACUCAUAACAGUUGCUGCUAUGUUGCAUUUUUGUUUCCUAUGGGAAUGGGUGUUUAGAAAAAAUUUUAGGCCAUUUUUUUUAUUGUCAGUGGAAGUAUGAGGGGGGGUUCUUGGUUUCUGCAUGUGACUAACUCCAAGUUCUGAGCUUCCGACAUGUGCAAAGAGGGCGUUAUUUUAUGGUAAAGGGGUUAAUCCUAUGUUUUGUAGGAAUCGACAGUAAAUCUCCUUUGAAUGCCGCCACGACCAGUAGUUUGUAAUCUUUUGUUAUGGUCAAUGGAAUUUUAAGCCCAAUUCAAGUCAGCUUGACCACGAUUUCUUGCAUUGCCCCUGUAAGUAGUCACUUUCUCUCUUAGAAAUUCCCAUUUCUCUUCUGUUUUGCAAGGGAAAUACCGUCUUCUGACUUCCAAAUGCACAGCCAAGUGUACGUUGGAAGCCACUUGAACUGGUGCUUGCUUGGUUCCUGGGAUAUUGUGCCUUGAUGCUGUACCUUUCUGGAAAGCAAGUCAAGGACUUCUUGGUAAUCUCAUUUAUUGGCAUGCUGUCAGUAGCUUCUCCCACCAUGAAUACCAUCUCAAUUCAAUUAACCUUCUAUUGCAUUGUUUUGGUUGACAUUAGCACCGAACGGGUGAACCUACUACCCCUGUGUAAGGAAGAAAUAUGCCUACCAGCAGGACAGCUGUUAAUGGUGGCUGAUUUUAACAUUAUUUCCACUACAUACCCCAGGGUGGAUUGGGAAGUCAAGAGUAAGCUGAGCCUCAGCAGUAGUUGGUAGCACGGCAUGAACCGCUUUGCUCAAGCCUGGGUGGCACAAAAGCAGGCCGUUCGAGCCAAGCAGUCCCUGCAGUAUGGCCGGCAGUCACUAGGCUCAACUCACUCCUGCCAACAGCCCAACUGGGAAAUUCCUCGAAGUUGAAGGGCCAAGCCCCCCAACACAUUCUACUUUAUGUUUAAAGUUGCGAAAGAGUUUUAAUCUCCAUCCCCCUCCACUUUAAAGAUCAGUUUCUUGAAUGGAUCUCCUUUGGAAGGUGGUGAUCUUGUGACUCCAAAGUGCAGCAGAAGAGAAAAACAUUAUUGUAGCUGUGAGGUGCAGUUACACACCACACCCACUGGCAGUAUUUCAGGCAGGUGGGUUGGGAAUUACGUUUUUCUGUUCUGCUCAUUUACUGCGUACCACCCUCCCCUGCUGUUCUUACUGAAAUACAGACUACAAGCAGAACCACAGUCUAAGGGGCUGUAUGGAGGCACUUCUAGGCACAGUCUUAUUAUGGAUUUGCAAAACUAGAUUUUGGAGUGCUUUUUGGACCAUUCUGGCUCAGGUUCUUUGAAUUGGCCCAUUUCUGCUGAACUGACUAAAUUUCAUAGCUGCUUUUUAACUUAUGAACGGACCCAGAAUCCGGUGGUGUGAAAAAUUUUAUACGGGAACUGACAAAUUAACAAACGCUUGGUCUUGUUUUUAUUGAAGAAUGUUGAAAGUAUUGCCAAGAAGCUCGGCUUAGUGCUCAGCCCGGGUCUAAGCUCAGUCAGUGUUUGAUCCAUUGGCCUUGCCAUUUCCGAAAGUAUGAAAGUAUUGGAAGUAUGAAAAUGCUAAUUUUAUCAAAAUGGGAAAAAAGCGUACGCUUAUGUCAUUUUUAGUUUCUUUUUUUAAUGAGCGUGGAGACCAUGUAAAAUUCGACAUCGCUGCCUCAUUUGUGGUAUAAAUGCACUGGGUAAAAUAUUUAAUACGUUAAUAUUGAGAUUUAUUAUAAUUAACUUUCUAUUGAAAUAAAUCUUGCUAUGUUGUUUUGGAGAUUG